CUUAGCACUUCUCAUUCAAGGCAAGGAAAGGAAGAUACAGAAUGGCCCGCAAGGUAGCCGUUGCACUGGUUUCUGUUCUCUACGCCUUCCACAUCAUGUAUGCAGUUUGUGAAGAUCCAGAACUAAGUGAUAGUAGCGAGGACUACUUAAGCGGAGCGUAUGAACCAGUGACUUGCCACUUCGCAAACUCUACAGUUGGUCUGCUGGCGCCUCCUAAUUGCACCGUGCCUUGUCAUAAUUCUACCGCUUCGUGGAAUCAAACGGAACCAGAUAAUUCUACGUGCUAUUCUUCUUACAGUGAUCUACAAAGCAAACUGCAAGAGGCAUCACCGAAAAUCUACAACUGCACUGUUGGUUUUUGUAGCAAUGGGACAUGUAUAUCCAACCACACAUACGCCGAAUGCUGGUAGCGGAGCCAGAACAGACACUAUGUUCCUCAAACCCGCUGACGUGAUGUUUGAAAAACGGUGUAUAUAUUUUUUUGAUAUUUCAAUCAAUAAAUUUGAUGCCAUAGAGACAAACCUGUGGUCUGGAUAGAU